AUGUUCUACUCACUGAUCAUUUUGGUCUAUUAUCAUCAUACCCUGCUGUUACAUGCAACAUCAGCUUCAUCAUUAUUAUUCACGCUUAAUAAUGUUCGAUAUUCUUUAUCUGAUCGUGUUUUAACGAUACCCAAAUUAGGCGCUUUACGCGGUAUACAUAUCGAUUACGAUAAUGAAUAUUAUAAAAAAUAUAAUCUUAUUAAUGUGGAAGCAUUUCUGGGCAUACAAUAUGGCUUAUACAAUGGACGAUUUGAACCAUCAAAAGAACGAUUCGAUUUACAUCAAUAUACAAGGGUAAAUAAACAAAUUGAAUUUGGACCCGCUUGUUCACAAUAUAUAUGGAAAAAUGAAAGCGAAUUAAGUCGAAUACGUACAAGAAAAUUUGCUCAAGAAUAUUAUCCGAAAUUAUUAAAAUAUAUUAUAAAACAAAAUGAAGAACAGUGUCUUUAUAUGAAUAUUUAUCAACCACAAAUAAAAAAUUUUAAAGAACGUCUUCCAGUACUACUGUUUAUUCAUGGGGACGGCUAUGAUAUGAGUACAGGUGCAGCAUUUGAUGGAGCUAUAUUUGCUAGUUAUACAAAAACGAUUGUUGUUACAAUUAACUAUCGACUCGGUCCAUUUGGAUUUCUUUAUAUAUCACGUGAAAACAAAGGUGAUUAUGCAUUGCAAGAUAUAUAUACAGCUUUGCAUUGGCUAAAAAACUAUGUGACAAAUUUCAAUGGUGAUCCGGAUAGAAUUACUCUCUAUGGAACAGGAUCAGGGGCUGUAUUGGCUAGUCUGGUUGUUAUGCUUGAAACUGUUAAUGGUGGGACCGGAAUAGUAAAACGACGAAAACCACUUGUUCAUCGUCUUAUUUUAAACGAACAAACAUUUCUAUCACCAUAUAUGACAUCAACAUUCGAAGAGGUUUCUUCACACCAAUCAAAUAUUCUUUCCUAUCUAUCGUGUUCAACAACACAAUGUCUUCGUAAUCAAAGUUUAAUAACAACAAAUGAUUUUCUACAAUUAAAAACUUAUUCAAAUGAUAAUCGAUAUAUGAAUUAUAUUUGUCCACUUGAAAAUCCAUUUCCAUUUUAUCCAGUAUCCUUCAAUAAUGAUAAUCAUUUAAAUUCAUUACGAUUUAAAUUUUUUCAACAAGCUCAUUUACUUCUACCAGAAAAUCUUCAAAUACUUAUAACAACAUCCUCGUCAAUCAUACGACCAAAAUUGCCAUUACAAAUCGAUAUGAAAAAUUCAAUUACGAAUAAUAUUAUCGAAUAUUUAUUUAAUUAUGCUUAUAUUAAAUGGAAUAAAACAUCAAAUCAGUUCGAUUUCGAUGAACAAUCAUUGAGUUAUCAUCAGCAAAUAAUUGCACCCGUACUUCAAUACGCUAAAUACAUAUCAAAUCAAAGAAAAAUCUAUGCUUUAGAAAGACUUUCAAAUAAAUAUGAUUCGGAAUUACCGUUUACAUUCGGAUAUGUUUUAGCACCGUCCAUGAGUGUUUAUAAUGAUACAUAUUCAAGUGCCACUGAAAACGAUAAAAUCGAAAGUAUGCAUAUGAUGGAUUUAUUUGCUAAUUUAAUACACAAUGGCGAUAUCAACAUUAAAUCACCAUAUUGUAAACGAAUUGAAUGUGAAACCAAUGAAAAAUGGAAUUCGAUUUUGCCAGAAUUGAAUUUUAUUCUUUUGAAAGACGGUAAAUUGAGUCAACAAUCAGGUCAUCAUGCGCAUGUUCAUUAUCUAUUUAACAAUCUUAUAUCUAACCUAUUCAAUCAACCAUUACAUAUCGAUCUCUUAAAUGCAUGGAAAAGUCUAUAUGAAAUAUCACAUAAAUCGAAUACGUCCAUCUAUAAUUCUACAAUAAAUCGAUCGCUAUUAAAAACAAAAUCGAUUCAUUUUAAAAUAAAACAUCCGAAACAUAUAUUCAUAUUAACAUUAAGUAUUCUUAUUCUUUUAAUGAUAAACUUUUUCAUGUGCAUCCUAUUCUCACGACGUGGACAUGGCUGUCGAAAACGUGAAUAUAAUUGUCUUAAUGGACAUGCACAAUUAAAUAUUGAAAAACGUCAACAUAAUGGUGAAUCAUCACCAUCGAGUACGAAUAGUAAUGGGACUAUGACACAACAAUUAAUUGUUAACACACACUACACGAAAACAGAUAGUAAUCCUUGCAAUACACCAUCUGUUGACACUUUACAUCCAAUAAAUAUAACCAAAAAGAACGCUAUCUUGCGAAAUGCAUCAAUAAAAAAAACUUCAUCAUUACCCGAAGCAAUUGUAUAG